AUGGCAGUAAUAUGGGGCCUCGAUCUCCACGAGAUCCAAUGGCACAAGUUCAAGAGUGCUCACAUGUUCAACCGCGCCUACCACCUGCGCCGCACCAAGAUGAUCAUCUACCAGAUGGCCAUGAUCUUUUGUGUCUGCUCAGAAUCAGUCGGCACAGCCGCAUUAUCAGACUACCUCGACCAACAAGACGCAAUCCAGCAACGGCACCCCGAGGCCCGAGUCCACAACAACGACUUCAUCGGUGCUGCAUCCUAUAACAUCUUCGUCGGCGUCUCCGUCGCUACCAUCUUCGGCGCCGCCUUCUUCUUCGAUCUCUUCUGGCCCGAGCGGCACGAGAGUCGCUCCGUGCGCUUGGCAUGGAAGAUCUGUGGCGUGAUCGUGUCGGUGAUGAUGCUCGGUUCGGCUCUCACCAUGACGAUCAUCACUGCCACGCACAGCGCCCGUAUCACUGGCACGGAUGGCGCGUCCGCGAGCAAGUUCUUCCAGGAAUCGCCCAAGAAGCCUGCGCUGAAAUAUCGCACGAACCCCAAGGCCGUUGCAUCCGUCGUCCUGGCGUGGCCGGGAUGGAUCGCGACUGUCGCCAGUACCAUCAUCUUGAUCAAAUCCCAGAGACACGAUGAUCAGUUCGGUCCCAGGUCCAACUACGGUCGAGAACAGGAGAAGGAGGUCCCCGCCAUCCGAGCGGAGGAUAAAUCAAUCGCUGCUUGA